UCUUCAGCCAUGGCUUGCCCGAUGUCCAUUCACAGACUCCCGAAGCUAGAAGAUUCUCCCAUAUUCGAUCGAACGAGCAUCCUUGCCAUCUCCUCAGUCGCAACUCUUCUCUUAAUCGCCGGUGUCUGCUGUUUCGCCCUUUUGCAUAGAGCAACGAGUACCAAAGUCCGCAUCCUCUUCACGUGGCACCUCUUUGGCGCCCUUACCCAUUUAACUCUCGAAGUCUCAUAUCUCUAUAAUGUCUUCUUCACCUCCAUGUCCAAGCUCGAUGCCACUUACACCUGGGGUCUGCAUUCCACACCCUUCACUCCGGUGAAUGUCUCCUUCCUCGGGAACUCGAAGCGCUUGUACGGGUCUUUUUACGGCACAUCUCUGACUGCAAGGUUCUGGCAAGAGUAUGCGAAGGCGGAUACACGAUGGGGUGGGUCCGAUCUGACGAUAACCGGCGUAGAGAUGAUUAUGGUUUUCGUCGUUGCCCCUCUGUCACUAUACGUCUGUCAUUUGCUGUACAAGAACGAACACACGAAAGCAUGGUUCUGGAUGGCAGUAAUAGGGGUUGGAGAGCUAUACGGAGGUUUUGUGGUUUUAUUGCCCGAGUGGCUUUCGGGGUCACCACAUCUUGACAAUUCCAGCUUUCUGACCUUGUGGGUAUAUUUGGUCUUCCCCAAAGGCUUGCGGAUCUUUUUCUCACUCUGGAUAUUGACCAGUGCAUAUUUUGCACUCACAUCUUCGGCCCAAUAUUCCAACCAGGGGCUAUCCAGUGGGAUAACUGAAUCGAAGCAGCUUUCAACAGUCGAGCGAUCGGGCAAGGUAGUUCAGAGGCAAAAGAGUUGCUUGUCUCAACAACAAAUUAAUUUCUCGAAUCAUUUAAUCUCGUCGAAGUAGGAAGUUGCAGAGAGGGGUAUCUUUGCUGGCUCUUCUCUACUACCGUUUCAAUUGGAUCAAAGGCAAAAUUUGAUGUUGACAAUUGUUGGGAUUAGGUCGAAGAUCUUGAACAGAGGGCACGAGUAUAUACAUUUAGAUGUUUCUCCUAUUUCAAACCAAUUUAAUAGAUGUGUUCUGG